GAAGAUGCUGAGCUUCAGAAACUGGUCGACUACAAGGACCAUCCAACCACGAAUUGGAAGCACAAAUUUUACACAAGUUUGAGAAAAGCACCAUGAGUAUCACUAAGAUUCUCAUUUUGAUUGCUGUCUGCCUGGCAGCAGUAAGCGCUCACAAUUGCCCUUACAGCAAACGAUCUGCUGGGAAGAACCCUCAUAGCGCCAUCGACUUAACUGGUAAAGGAACAGGGUGCCCUUACGGAUAUACGAAAUCCGCUGGUUAUAGAACCCAAAGCAAAUGCCCUUACGGAUAUCCGAAAUCUGGAUUCAAUGAUGGACAGUGUCCUCAUGGAUUCAAAAAUACUAGCCCCGGAAGUGGAUGCCCCUGGGGAUUUAAUAAGCAAUCGUCUGUCGCUGGAACCAAAUGUCCAUUCGGAUAUGACAACGCCUUCGCUUCCAAAUCUGGCUGUCCUUAUGGCUUUAAGAAUUCCGACAAAGGAUGCCCACUUGGCGUUAAGAGAGGAUUGGUUGAAGGAUCUAAAUGCCCAUUCGGAUACAAGAAAGAAUCUAUCGGUGACGGGAAGUGCCCAGCUGGAUUUUCCGGAGUUUCAACUGGAAAGGGUUGCCCUAUUGGCUUCAAGCGACAAUUGGUUGAAGGAUCUCUAUGCCCCUUCGGAUACACCAGUGAAGAUGCGGCUGCUCCAGGCUGUCCUCACAAUUUCAAGAAAGGUGCUUCCGGAUGUCCAUUGGGACUGAAGAAAGGAUUAGUAGCUGGUUCUAAAUGCCCGUAUGGUGGAACUUUUGAAUCGGCUAACGACGGUAAAUGCCCUUUCGGAUACAAGUCAUCUGGAUCCGGAAAUGGAUGCCCUCUUGGACUGAAGAAACAACUAGUUGCAGGAAGCAAAUGCCCUUACGGAUUCGAUGGAGCUGCCAUGGCGGCCCAUGGUUGCCCACAUGGAUUUAAGAAAUCGGCUUCUGGCUGUCCCUAUGGCUUCAAUAAACCCGCUACAGCUUCUAACAAAUGCCCAUAUGGUUACGAGAAAAAAGCUGGAUACAGGACUAAAAGCAGCUGUCCGUACGGAUAUCCGAAAUCCGGAUUCAAUGACGGACAAUGCCCACAUGGAUUCAAAGCAACUGGUUCAAGUGCUGGAUGCCCAUGGGGUUUUGCGCAAUCAUCUGUGGCUGGAACCAAAUGCCCAUUCGGAUAUGACAAAGCCUCCGCUUCCAAGUCUGGCUGUCCUUACGGCUUCAAGAAUACUGACACGGGAUGCCCACUAGGAGUGAAGAAAGGACUCGUCGAAGGAUCAAAGUGCCCAUUCGGAUACAACAAAGAAUCAAUUGGCGACGGAAAGUGCCCCGCUGGAUUUUCUGGAGUCUCGACUGGAAAGGGUUGCCCUAUUGGCUUUAAGCGACAAUUGGUUGAAGGAUCUCUAUGCCCCUUCGGAUACACUAGAGAAGAUGCGGCUGCACCAGGAUGCCCUCACAACUUCAAGAAAGGUGUCUCCGGAUGUCCAUUGGGACUCAAGAAAGGAUUAGUCGCUGGAUCCAAAUGCCCUUACGGCGGCACUUUCGAAGGAGCUAAUGACGGAAAGUGUCCAUUUGGAUACAAGUCGACUGGUUCUGGUAAUGGCUGCCCACUCGGACUGAAGAAACAACUAGUUGCAGGAAGCAAGUGCCCCUACGGAUUUGGCAGUGAUGCUGCAGCUAACGGAUGCCCCCACGGCUUUAAGAAAUCUGCAUCUGGCUGCCCUUAUGGUUUCAGCAAAACACAAGCAACUGCGCACAAAUGUCCUUACCACUCGAUGAAAGCCGACUACAAGGCCAAGAGCAGAUGCCCCUACGGAUACCCGAAGGUCGGAUUCAAUGACGGAAACUGCCCACAUGGAUUCAAUAAGACUGGCUCUGGCGAUCCUUGCCCAUUCGGAUUCAAGCAAUCUUCAUCGGAUUCCACCCGUUGCCCAUUCGGCUACUCCGCAUCUGAGAUUAAGCCCGGUUGUCCCCUGAACUUCAAGAAAUCUGACUCUGGCUGCCCUCUUGGUUUAAAGCGAGGAUUGGUGGAAGGAUCUACGUGCCCCUUCGGUUACACGAGAGAGGCUGCUACUGAUGGAAAAUGCCCACUUGGAUUUGAGGGACCUACUUCUGGAAAGGGAUGCCCUCUUGGACUCAAGAAACGUUCGGUAGAAGGAACUCUAUGCCCUUACGGAUACACAAAGGAGGGAGCAGCAGCUUCCGGUUGCCCUUACGGAUUCAAGAAAAAUGCUGGUGGAUGUCCCUUCGGUAUCAAGCGAGGACUAGUUGAAGGCUCGAAAUGCCCAUUUGGAUUUUCGCUCACCCAAUCGACCGAUGGCAAGUGUCCCCUCGGCUUCGUGUCUUCCGGUUCUGGACACGGUUGUCCCUUUGGAAUCAAAAAACAGAUGGUUGCCGGAAGUAAAUGUCCUUAUGGAUUCACGACCGCCGAUGCUUCAGCUAGUGGUUGCCCUCAUGGCUUCAAGAAAUCUGCUAAUGGACAAGGAUGCCCAUUCGGAAUUCAAAAAUCAUCUCUCAAGCUUGGAUCCAAUUGUCCUUACAGCCAUGGUCAUGGAUCAAAAUGCCCAUACAGUAAACAAGGAUCUAAGUGCCCUCACAGUCAACAUGGAACCAAAUGCCCCCACAAAUGUGGUCACAGUUCCAAGACUCAGACCCGUGAAUACGCCAUGAAGGAGGCUGAUCGCACUUUGGUCCAAGGAACUUGGAGAAUCGCCAAGAAGAAUGGAAACAUCGCCCCCAAAGCCUUUAUUCGUUAUUUCAAACUGAAACCCGAGGCCCAGAAGCAGUUCGCUGCCUUCGCCGAUGUCGAUUUGGCUGACCUGCCAACCAACAGUCAUUUCCUCAACCAAGUCUACACUUGCCUGGCCGGUUUGAAUGCCUACAUGGAGAACCUAGGCAAGAACCCUAAACAAUGCCCCCACCUAAAUUCACCAGUCUUCAAAGCUGUCAAGCCUGAUGAUCUUAAAUUAUUUGGUGAGGUCAUGUUUACGGUCAUGGAAGAAGAACUCGGUCAAUCCUUCUCCACUGAGGCAAGAAAAGCCUGGAAAGAUGGUUUGAUUGCUUGUGACGUGGCUUUUCGCAAGUCUCAUUAAUUCCCAGACGAAAUACUUUACGCUACACUAAAUUUCUAAUCUGAUUUGACGUUCUUCCGAGGUUUUUUUUUGUCUUCUUACAAUGUUAAAACUGUAGCCUUAAUCAUUUGUGAAAAUACACAAUUUUAGCAGCAUA